AUGGAUUCAUCAGUUCCAGAACCGAGACAGCCCGUCACAUCCGACGGAGACACUAUCGCUGCCGAGAACGACAGACGCGACCCGAGCAGAGUUCGAGAAUUGGCCAGACAGAAUGAUCCCAUUCUCAGCGCACUCAACGAGGAGAUCCAGAAUGGACGACCCAAGCAUGCUCCCUCAUCCACAUCAGUGCAGUUGAUGUCACCAGAGGAGAUAGAUGCCGAGAACGAGGCUUAUAUGGCAAAAUACACGGACCUCUGGAAGAAGCACGAAUCCACCCCUGCCGAGAGACAAACCAUGCAGAAUGCGUACGAAGCGGCGUUCGAUCGGUUUCCGACCAUCUACCGCACGCUCGGAUGGCAUGGUAACGAUGAUAUCCUGUUCGAUGCAAAAGUCCUCUCCCGCUAUCGUGACACCCUCCUGGAGGGGCUCUUCGCCAUCGAGCCGUACAGAAUGAACCGUAUAUUUGGUCCGCUGGACCGCUCGAAAGCAGCAUUCGAAUACUCGCGACUGCCUCGCCUGCUUUCAAUUCUUAUACGCAUAGAAGCUCGACGGAACGAUGCCCUCGAAUGCAGAGAUGGCGUAUGUGUUGACUGUCGCUACUUUGACGCCGACCAAACGCUCCGGGUAUUGAUCGAAGUCGGGCGGGCACUGCGACUUUCCAGACUCGACGGUCCGAAUGAAAUGACCCUCCAAGAACUCUUGGAUCGAUGCUAUGCUCGGCGUAUACUAUCGCAGCCUGCCGUCGACGAGCCCGAGAUCCUCUGGUACCAAUUUCAUCUUGUAUACGAUUGCCUGCCGGCGCCGGUCUACAAAAUCUUCGAAAUUAUCAAGUCUCAUCGCAGCGUGAUGACUGGCAUCGAGCCAGUCGAAGAGCUCCCUCUUGACGAAGCUUCCAGCCCAACUUUUGCAGCGGAAACUUUCACAGUCCAGUACCUGCAGGAUUUCGGGGGACUGAGUAUCGAAUGGACAGAUUGCCUGGAUGACCAUCUUAGAAUCUUCGCCGGGCGGAAUGCAAUCAGGAUUUUCGCUCAUCCUACUUCCUUCUACAAUGGCCGGGGUCUUCAGAAUAAGGAUUAUCACGAGCCUAUUUAUAUUGAACUGUCCCAAACUUACGCUCUAUUGUUCCGACCUUCGUCGAAUGGAGGCCUGAGGCAGAAGAUUGAAGUCAGCGAGCGAUUCCGUUCUCAGACAAAGUUACCUGGAACUCUCAAGAUCGAUAUGACAAGGCCCUCAGUCAAACGCAUAAUGGAGAAUUUUCAUCGCUGCUCUCUGCCAUCCGCGGUACAAGCGGCCUUUGACAUUGCUCAUCCACCCACAAGCAUCAAAGGUGUUAGCUCUUUUGACCAAAAUAAGAUCACUGUCACUCCCAUGCGAGAAAUGCACUCUCACGCCCCAUAUCAUCCAGAAGACAUCAGCAUGAUCACUUCUAUCUUCCAGCGCGAUGUCCGGCCCAACGAGGCUUUUUUGCACCACGAGUACUUCGGCCCUCGCUUGCGAAAACUCAAAACGUAUCUCGACACACAACAACCAAAACAAAUGAAGCAAUUGUGGGUUGAUCGGCGAGAUGCUAGAAUGUGGUGGACAUUCUGGGGUAGCGCAUUCUUCCUUUUUAUGUUUCUGGUGCUUUGCGCAAUAAGCGCGGCCUUCCAAGCAGCAAUAGCUCAACGGCAUGACUAG